GCUCUUGCAAAAUGACUCAUUUUGAAUCAUAUCGGUACUGCGUAUAGUUCCGCACGUGUGAACUCCCAUGACGACUUCCAAUCUCGAAACACCAUGUAGCGAUAAUGUACAAAAGGUCCGCGCCGUAGCUGCCUCAUCGUGUUUCCCAGCCGUCCCUAACGCUUCCAAGGUUCUGCAUCACACCUUGGCAUACGCCUGUCAACACCGUGUAGUAAUAUCAGCUUACCAGCAUGAGUUCCUACGAUCUUACUGAUGAGCAAGGUCUUCAGCAAUACCUCGAGGCGAACCAAUUCCCAGCAGCUAGCGUGCAGCUCCUCUCAGGAGGCAAUGCAAAUUACGUCUUCCGCGUCACGAAGCAUGACGGCUCAACGAGCGUCUUUAAACAUGCAGAGCCUUGUCUGAAAUUCAACAAGGACUUUGCGCUCGAUCCUGCCCGCAUGGAUUAUGAGGUCCGGAUUCUAGAAGCACUAUCUUCCACGAAGAGCCCUCUACCCACAAGCCUUACCAGCUCGAACGUACACGCGGCAAGGUUUUUGAGCUACGACCGAUCGGAAAAGCUGCUCCAAAUUGAGGAUGGUGGUAGUCAUAACCUGAAGGAUGCUUAUACGGACCCGAAGCUCGACGUAUCAUCAAUUGGAGAGCAGCUUGCCAGAUGGCUCAGUGCACUGCAUGUUUCAGCAAGGAACUUCUCGCUCGCUUCAGCGCACGAAGGACACGACAGCAACAAUAAUCCCAUUGCAAUCAACGUGUACCGGUACUCUUACAACGACCUGCACACCUCAUUGACGCAGUUCGGUCACGACCGCCAGCUUGCUGAUCUUGUCAACGAAAAGUUCGGCAGUCUACUCGCAACAGACGACGAGUGCAUAUGUCAUGGCGACUUCUGGCCUGGAAACAUCCUCGUCCGGGAUCUUGAGUUGCAGCCGGCUGAGCUGACCAUCGUGGAUUGGGAAAUAGUGCGUCGCGGUACUAGCGCAACAGAUGUCGGUCAAUUCGCUGCUGAAGCAUUUCUUCUUGAUCGCUUUCGAGGUGGGAGAGGGCUACUCGGUGCGUUCUUGAAGGCAUAUGUUGUAGCUCGUGGACAAACAGAGGUGCUUGGUAAAGCAUGGCUAACGAGGAUGGUGGUGCAUUGGGCAGUUCACAUUGCGUUCUGGCCGACUAGAUUUGCGUGGUCUAAUCAGGAAGAGACACAGUCACUGGUUGAUAUUGGCGUUCUUGCUUUGCAGAAUGUUCUCAAUGACGACUGGGAGAAGGUCCUGGAGUCACCGCUGUUAAGAGACAUGAAGGAAACGUACUCUACGCUAUUGUCACGACCAUGAAUUCUCCUAAAGGUGGAGACAACAUGUCUAGGUUUCGUGAGUGUCAAGCUAUGAUGUUUAGGGCUCAAAGCUUACUAUAAGCGCCUGGGUAAGCUUCCGUAUUUCUCAUGAUACUAGUUGCUAUGUUGCCAGCAGACCUCGUUCUACUGAUCAUAUGCUGGGAGUGUGAAACCUUA